AGAGAGGUAUAUCAUACUAAAAGAAUGCAACGAGUGUUCUGUGUUAAGUGGAGUCCUGAUUCUGAGUUUAUUUUAUCUGGUAGUGAUGAAAUGAAUGUAAGGUAAGGACGGCCACAACCGAAUGUGUAUACUCGUAUUUUAAUAUACUCAAGCCCUGACUUCUUUUCUUUUCAUUUAAGAAUUUGGAAAGCUGAAGCAUCUGCAAAACUCGGUCCGGUAAGUAGCUACAUAAUGACUCCAUUGCUUGCCAAUAUCGUUUGUGCAUGCUCUGCUCCUUGCAACCUCGUACCCAGGCUAUUUUCUCUCGUGCUCUGGUGCACGGCCACCUUACGAGGGAUGUGUUCCUUGACAAUAAGCCUUAUUUUGUCAGGUGAAUAGACAACCGUUGCCCAUUUGUAUACUGAUGGUUUUUUACAAGUAGUUUACUAUUUUUGAUGUCACCCGUUCUAAAAUCAUUGUGUUGUGAUUGUUGUGUAUGUUUAUUAAUAAAUGCAUUGUUGCUAUAACUGCAUUCGGAAUUUUGAAUAUUGAUAUAUGCGCAAAACAAUGUUUCUGUGUUUACCAUGUUGCUGUUAUUUUUGAAAAACGUUGUCGUUAUAAGUAACGUUCUUUAUUACAGCUUGCUCCUCGUCAAAAAGCCGCUCUCACAUACAACAAGAAGUUGAAAGAAAGAUAUAAAUUUCAUCCGCAAGUCUUGAGGAUUUUAAGGUAGAUCGUGCGUUUGAGAUGUUUUUUUAAUUAAGUAAAACUGUUUUUUGGUUAAUUGUUUUCUUCUGUCGUAUUCCGUCCUAGACAUCGUCACGUUCCAUCUGCUAUAUACAAAGCAGCUCGAGAGAAGAGGGUUAUAUUACAGUCCCGCAAAACAAGGUCAGUUUUUUUAUUUCGGAAAGUUGUUGUAAUACCGUAUGUAUUGGUUUAAUAAUAAUAAUUGUGUCUUAGGGUCCGGUCAUUAUUUAUGGCGGGGGGUGGCACCGAAGAAAAAGGGGUUGGGUAAACAAAAUUUUGAGUGAAUAAAAGGUUGAUGAAAAACAAAGCAACUCAAGGGUUGGGUAAUAAUAAUUUAUUGUCAUUUCUAAAGCCGGACUCGCUCAAAUAUUGAAGACUAAAAAGCAAUAUCAGCAGUCACAUGUCAAUACAAUAUAUGUAAAUCAAUCAAUCAGAGUCACUACCUUGAAAAAAAUUGUACAAGCGAUUACCAAAUUCAUGUCACAGAAGUGGUAAACGACAUUUGUGACAACAGAACGGUAUCCUUUAAUUUGUAAAGUUUUUGCCAGGCGUGGGUAUUAAUUUUUUAAUUGAUAUUUGAGGUUCGGUAAAAAAAAUUGAAUUUUUAAUGGUUCGAUCAGAAAAUAUUUACCAAUGAAGAAAAACGUUUCUUUUCGACCGGGCCCUUAGGUACGAUUUUAUAUUUUGGGAGUGUUCUAAAUCGUCCAGAAGAAUUUAAGGUUACCCGUAAAGGAGUGUUCAGAUCUGUGCGUAUAACCUGUCAUUUAUCUAACAAAGAUUGUAAAAAAAGAAUCGUCCAUCUCCAGUAUAAAUACGUGGGCAGUACUUAUUCUUUGUUUAUGCCUAGGGAGGAAAAUCGUCGACUCCACAGUGCCACGGGAAAGGUACCUUAUGUGCCGGAGAGGAAAAAACAAAUUGUCUCAGUUGUGGAGUGAUUGCUGGAUAUAUAUAUAUAUAUGGAUAACAAUUGCUAUUGUAUGAGGUACCGGGAGGGAUAUAUGAGGGAUGUAUCGAUGUAUACAUUCAGUGAAGGUGCGAUACUCUGAAGCUCUGCACAGAGAAAUUGAGCAGUUAAGGUUUUUACAUUCAAAUGCUUGGUUUAUUAUAUCGAGAACAGUAACAGAAGGAUUAGGGUUGGCCCCAAAUUAUGACAAGAUAUAUUAUAAUGUAUCCCUGUUUAUUAGUACUGGCGUUUUCGGAUUUUUUUGCAUAAAAGUCAACUAAAUUGACUGAUAAAAACUUGUUUAAAAUAACAAAAAACAUUUUAUUUUUGCUACAAUGGAAGAACGUACAAAUCAUGUUUUGCAUAAAAGUCUAUUUAUCUGACUAUUAAAUAAACGAGCUGUCCCUAAACACUUAUUUUCAUAUUUUGUUGCUUAAAUAAAGUCAAUUGUCCCCAACACUGACCGCUUUUAAGUAAUUGGAACGUCUUUCACGACAUCUUUCUCAUGCGCACUCGACGCUGACGACAUGAACUCUACGUCAUUGGGUGGUCGUAACUCCUCCCCAGGCUCCGCAAACACGGGCUGGUGUUGACUUCCGGCCGUGUGGGCUGAACUAACGGUAUUGUGGCUCCUCUCGCGUUCCUCUUCCGGUACGUUUCGUUCGGGUUGGAUGACAAGGAUGUAGACUUUUGGUAGGAUGAUGCAACCGCAGAUCGCUAAUGCGCCCACGAGCGUCGUGGUUGCUAUGACAAUACUGGUCGUCAUGCCUUGAGCAAAUCGAUAGGUCGGGAAGAAUGCUAUUAACAGGAUGCAAAUCGAAAUGGUGCAGAAACUUAUGUACUUCGCUUCGUGGUGAUUCUUGCGAUCGUCGCGCUCUUUAAACGCAAAAACUGUCGCGAAAAAUAAGACGAGCAACGGGAAGCCUGUCGCGAUGAACCGACCUGCUUCCCAGCUGGAAUUGCAUUCCCGGAUGUGCACUGCCUGCGAGCUUUCCAAGUAGCGGACGAAGGGUGUGUCUGUUAGGAACCAGACCCCCAUGAGGAGAAGUUGGAAGAGCAGCAAGGCCCCCACGAAUAUUAGGGCGACAUACUCCGCCGCGGGUUUGAUGUAAUGUGAGGCAAACUUUUUGAGGUGCGAGUCACAUGUCUUCGUCUUAGCCAAUAAGGUGCUUGCAAGCAUGAGGAGUACGAAUUGCAAAAGUCCGCCCAGAAGUCGGCACACUCCGUCCGUACGAUAUAGGGAGACUUGGAAAAUCGAAUAGAGGAAUCCCAGAGCGGUCGAGAGCAGUAGAAGGGCGAGGAGGAUUGGGGCCGAGUCUUGGAUCAAUGGGGUAUCCUUGACGUAAAAGAACAGUGACGCCACUAUCACCACGGCAACCAGGCCAAUGGUACUUAUGGAUAUGAUGACAAUUGAAAAAGCGUCGCUCGAUUCGACGUAGUCGAUUGAGGUUUUCAAGCAUUCUGUUUGGCCAUCGUUAGCGUACCAGCCCGCUGGGCAUGCGUAACAUUCUGUUGCCCCCGUGGUGUUGCUUAUCUUCCCCCUGGGGCAAGGGUGACAGGCCCAGCAACAAUCACUCUGCCCCACCUGUUUUUGUCCGGGUUGGCACACCUGACUGCAGGUUGCAGAUGGGAUCUUGCCAUCGUUCCAUGUUAGAUCCACGUUUUCAAGGAAGCUCGGGCGGUCAGGCUGCAGGGAUGACCAGUUUGCGACUGUUUUAAAUUCAAGAGUGCGUUUCUCACGGUCGAGCAACACGUUACGGAAAGUGUACUUUUUUGUGUCCAAAUCACCACUCUUGUCGAACGAAACCUGCUCUCCUAUAGGGCUGGUGAAAGAUGCAUUCUGUAUGUAGGCAUACAAGUCUUUACCGCUCAGUGGAAAGCUUGUAUUUGGGCAAAGACCAUUCGCCAACCGUCCGUUGCAUUUUAGGAGAUUAUCCAACCCAUACGCGACAGCGUUGAUGCUGUUUAUAAUACUUAUAAGUCUACUCCAACGGUUUGCGAGAUUUAGCGUGUUGUUGUCAAGCUUUUCGUCUUUUCUGCAUUGUCUUUUGCCAGGCAUGGCUUUGCUGUUACAGUUGAGAGAUUUUUCUAACAGUUUCAACAUCCAUGGAUUGCUCGCUGCUUUUUCUACCGUUAUACUCAAAAGGUAUUCUUCAAAUUCAGGAAUUUUUGCGUACACGAAGUCCACGCCGAAAGAGCCGUGUAGCAGGUCAGCGUUGAUGUCGUAAUUCACUAUCGUUGGUCCGAUGGCAUCGCUCAGAAUCCACGUCAUGUUUCGUAGGCCUUGCUUCUCUGCUUCUUGUAGUACCUAGUAAUAAGCAAAACUCUUUGUUUUUGUUCUCCCAAAAUAUAUUUGCAAAAAGAACUUUGUCCGACGUUUCCCUCCACGGAAACCAUUUUCAAA